AUGUGUCGGCGAUCUCUACACCUAUCAAAUAUGGUUGAAUAUUCGCAUAUCAUUCCUGUUCGCUCGUUGAAUAUUAUUGAAUUAAGGAACUUCAAACAUGCCGGGCUCCAGCUCCGCACACCUGCCCUUUUGAAGUACUUUCUAUCAGCUGGAAUGAAGACCUUACAGAGUGCACAAGAACAGUCCUCCACCCAGGUUUCACAGGAUUCCCAAAGUGAGCAACAGAAUAAUCCCAAAACAGAGGCUCCAGUAGCAGACUCUGGUUCCAUAUCUGCUUCUAGCAGUGAUAGCAGAAAGGUUUCACGCCAAGAUAUUGAACUUGUGAGAGAACGUGAUCUUUUUCAAGUCCAAAAUUUAAUAGAACGGUGCCUACAAUUGUAUAUGAAUAGAGAUGAGGUUGUUAAAACCCUCUCGACUCGUGCUAGGAUAGACCCUGGGUUUACGACACUCGUGUGGCAGAAGUUGGAAGAAGAAAAUGCUGAUUUCUUCAGGGCCUAUUACAUCAGGCUGAAAUUGAAGAAACAGAUCCUUCUAUUUAAUCAUUUGCUUGAGCAUCAAUAUCAUCUCAUGAAGUAUCCUGUACCUCCAAAAGUUCCUUUGGCUCCCAUACAAAACGGGAUUCAUCCCAUGCCCGGUACUUUGUUCAAAAGGUAUCCUAGUGCAGUCAAUAAUUUACCGAUGGGAUACCCUGUCCUGCAACAACCCCCAAUGCCAGCUCCAGGUCAACCUCAUCUUGACUCAAUGGGCGGUGGAAUAUCAAGCUGUCAUGUGGUUAAUGGAGUUCCUGCACCAGGAAAUUUUCAUCCCAUUCGGAUGAAUUCUGGAAAUGAGAUGGUGAUGGAAAACAGUGCAGCUGAUACAACUCCUGUAGUGCCACCAAGCAGUGCCAUUUCAUCCAUGUCUGAGAUGCCUGUUAGCCCUACAUCAGUGGCAUCUAGUGGCCAUUUUCCAUUUACUGCAUCUGACAUGUCAGGAAUGGGGGUAGACACAUCAGCACUAGAUACGGCAUUUACAUCUGAUGUGGCAAGCUCUGUAGGAUUGCAGCUUGGACCAGAUGGUGGGGCUGGAAAUUCCAGAUCAUUGGAUCAGAUUCAUUGGAGUUUCAGCCUUUCAGAUCUAACAACAGAUUUGUCGAACUUGGAAGAUUUAGGAGCUCUAGGAAACUAUCCUGGUUCCCCCUUUCUGCCCUCUAAUUCGGAAAUUUUACUUGAUUCUCCAGAGAAUGAGGACAUAGUGGGGGAGUUUUUUGUUGAUUCCGUCCCAGGGCUACCAUCCCAGUCAGAUGAAGAGAGGUCCUAG